GAAUUGUGGCAAGUGUGGGAAUACAUGCCCGACUGGCAGCACCUGUAAGUCAGGAGCCUGUAUUUGCACGAAUAGCAACUCAGCUCCUUGCAAUGGCGCAUGUCCAGACGUGGGAUCCGACAGCCAGAAUUGUGGCAAGUGUGGGAAUAUAUGUCCAACUGGCAGCACCUGCAAGUCAGGAGCCUGUAUAUGUACAAAUAGCAACUUGGCUCCAUGCAAUGGCGCAUGCCCAGACCUAACGUCUGAUAACAACAACUGUGGGACAUGUAAUCACGCGGUACGUUUCCUAUGAUGAUAUAUUUCUUGAACUUGGCCCGUAGAUUUUACUAACAUGCCUGUGCCUGGAAGUGCGGUGCGUCCGCAACCUGCAAGAACAGUAUCUGCGUACCGAAUUGUGCUCCCCCGAAAAUGGUGUGUAAUGGCGUAUGCUUAGAUGUCCUCACAGACCCAAACAACUGCGGGACCUGUGGAAAGAAGUGUGCAUCUGGCGUGUGCAACAAUGGGGCUUGCACAACUCCAAGCUGCACCGGCAAGACGUGUUCCACAUUCGGGCCAUGUGGCCCUGGUGGAUCUUGUGUCUGUGGCAGUACCACAGCAGGCACUGGGUUUUGCGUCGAUGGUCAAACACCUUGCGACGGCCUCCCAACUUGCAACGCUAACUCCGAUUGUUCAUCCGGUCAGGUUUGCAUUGUUAACAGCUGUUGCGUUAAAAAUGUUUGCGUCGGUGCAACAUUCUGUGGCGGUAACACACUGCGCGUUCGUGAUUGGUUCUUCCCCACGGUUCCUCGCGCAGUCAUGGCAACCAUCGGCCAUGCGGGCGUUUUGA